AUGGGAUAUAACGGUCCUAGCAAAGGUUGUCGGAGAUGUGUUUCUAUUAAAGUCAAGUGUGAUGAAAAUAAGCCUAGCUGCUUGCGAUGCAGAAAGGCCACCCAAGUAUGCGAGUAUAAGGACACAUUCGACUUGAUUCUACGGAACCAAAGCCAUCAUGCAGCAAAGACUGCAAAGGCGAAAUGGCGACGACGAGCAACUAGGUCUAGGCGUUCUCCUUCGCCUCCAGGGACGGACACCAUUCAGUUAGCAUCAUCGCAGCAAGUAGGCCUAUACCCCAGUAGCGUUCCAACAGUCCCCAAGUCGGUUUCUUUGCGUCCAUCGCUUCAACAUAUGGUUCAGUUGCGUUUCCUCUACGACUUUGCAAGCGCACAAGACCGCGCUCCAGAGAUCAGAGGCUCGCUCGAUCAGAUUCCUCAAAUGAUGGCAGACUCGUCGCCAAACUCAUGGUUUCAUUCUGCAUUGUCGGCACUUUCACUGGUAAACUUUGGUGGCAGGCUCAAAUCCCAAGAGGCGAAGGAUGCUGCCGUUGUGUUCUAUAACGAUGCCCUCGGUCGAUUUGCAAGCGUCAUGACAUCGACAGAUUUUGAUGGGAUUUACGCCAUUCACUUGCGGGGAGCCAUUUCCAUCCUGGAACAUUUUUGGGAGGGCGGCGAGGGGAGGAAACGACUUGACAAACCCUGUUAUGCGCCCGUCCUCCACAUGCAAACUCUCAUAUUUUGUCUUGCCAACAAUGAGCCACCACCAUCGUUUCUUGCAGAUAUGAAACUACAUGCAACAAGCGAUCCUAGAUCCGACUUGACCAUUCUUAUGCAUAGAGCAUGUCAAAUUCGAUAUGAGCUCACGCAGCAGUCUUUAUCAAUCGAAAAUGAGAAACCGAAUGAAGAGCUACCACAGAAACUGCACCCACGACUUCAGGAGCCUAUGGAUCUUGAUGAAGCGCUGGAAGAGUGGUAUCAGCGAAACGCUAGCCGCGGGGAGUGGGCUUCUACUCGAGUUUGCAACGUGAAUGCUCAGAGCCGACCACAAUGGGCUCGAGAUCUCUUCAGUCUCCCAGGGUCUCCAAGCGAAAUGCUCAUAUACGAUAGCUUCCUAGCCGCAUUAUCCACAAACCUCUACCGUGGGACUCGUCUGUUGCUGAAUCUCUCUAUCCUCGAGUGCACUCACCCAACUGUUGACUCAUUACGUUCCGAUACUAGUAUAUCUGGAAUGAAUGAGUCCAUUGCUUCGUCUACUGCUGCACUGCUGAUGGAGAUCAUCAAUGACCUUUGUAUGACCGUGCCGUCCAUGCUUCAAUUGACGGCAACAGGUGGUCUGGAUGACCCGCAAUCGACAGAAGAGCUGUACAGCCUCAGAGGCAUGUUAAUGCUAUGGCCUCUUUCUGCGGCUAUGGCGUGUUUGCAAAACAAAAAUGUUCAGAAAUUGGACGUUGACUUUAGGCGAGGUUGGGUGCAAGGCGUACUCUCAUUCUUAAGGGAUUCAAUGAGUUUGGCAAAGGCACAGGCGUUCAUUACAAAGUACAAUUAG